GUCCACUCACACAGUAGUACUCGUCUCUUAAAAGUGCCAGUCAUCGACAGCAAUCGUUCAUUUCACUUCACUUCAUCAGCAAGAGGCCACCAAUUUCUGUAGGGAUCUGUCGGCAGCCACAGCGGGUCCCCAACCCCAUCAGCCAUCGUCACAAACCCACCCGUUUUGACCGCCCAGGACAGGGGCCACAGGGGGCCACAGGGCCACAGGUGCGCCAGACCACAGGACCACAGGACCACAGGACCACAGGACCACCUGUCGCCUCAGGCCAGUGCUUCUUGCAGGGUUACAGGGGCCCCAGGCAGCCCAGUGCCACAGCGCCCCCACUCUGACCCGCGGCUUGCGACGUCAAACCACGUUGUGGGAGACCUCUGGCGCUGACCAGUGACGCUAGAACAUUCACUCACUCGGUACAAAUCAUCUCACUACUGCAGUCAAUCACCGCCCAAUAAAUCAGCGGAUGGGCCACCAGUUGAGCUGGGCUGGGUUGGAGUAGUCUUGCUUCUUGUAUUGGGCACAAAAUAACACUGCACUGCACUGCACUGCACUGUACAUACGCGUACAUGUGUCUUGGACUCGACAAGCCUCGACCGCCACCACCCUCGACCCGCAUCACCUGCCACUGAGACCACGCCCAAGCUGCUGCCACACUGCCUGACUGCCUCCCCCAACCACAGCAGUUCCUGAUUCAGCCCAACGUGGUCGCCGUCCACCAAACCACCAACCAACCAACCAACUGACCAACUGACCAACCACUUAUCCAUCUCCAUCCAGCCAUCUAUCAAUCUCACCUACCACAUACACUACUUAGACUACAUACAGUCUGACAGCACUAGACCGACUACUCGACUCCUCUGCAUGCAGCAGUGCAACCACCAAAAAGGCACUUGCUGUCACCAGGGUCGUCGCCGUCACCCUCACCGUCCCAUCGUGAGCCUGUUCUCACCCUCACCUUGUCAAUAACAACAACAACGAAAACAACACCAACAACAACACAUAAUUCAGUGUUGACCUCUUCACCCACAGCCACGCCCUGCAGGCAGCAUCAAACCAUGGCCCACGUCGAGGCCAGGUCCCUCUCCACCCUCAACCACAUCGCCGCCCAUCCUCCCCAAUAUCCCAUCAACCCCACUGGCCGCCAUGAGACCCUCACCCUCUACAUCUCCAGAGUCCCUGGCUGCCGCGACAUAAUUCUGUCCACAUUCAAACCCCAGAGGAAGGUUGUCGGCGGCGAGGAUGUCGCAAACUCGCUCUACUACAUCCACCUGGACACUGCCGGCGACGACAUGCUGGCUCCCAAAGCCGCCCCUCCCGUCGACAAUGCCGCCUCGAGGCCCAGCAUGGAGUCUACCAGGACCCAGAGGAUCGCCAGGAAACCUCUGCCCUCCACCGCAAGAGUCCCUCACCUCCAGGAAGCCCCUUCAGAUCUCUCCACGGCGCCUGUCACGGACGUCACCAGUCCCAGUCCGACAGACCAGCUGAAAUAUCCGCCAUUCAGCACGUCUUCACACAACAAGGAGAACGUUCCCCUGGACCGAGAAGCUGCUGGCGCCCCAGAGCCUUUCCCUGACAGCUCCCACUUGAUGGCUCAACCACAGCCACCCCCGUACACCGUGUCAGCUGGCUCAGUAGCCCGGAGGCCCUUGGGGCCCCGCGCACCAUCUACCGGUCCUCCCUCGCCCGGCAGAGAAUAUCAGGCUUAUGAUCCCUCUAAGGCGGCCGGUCUCGUGAAGCCGUCCACGCCUCCGCCCGAUGACCGUGACCACGACGCCCGCCCGGAUCUCCCGCCAAGACCGGCACCGGGACAGCUACGCCUGGGCAACCUACCAGCUCAGACUUUUGACGACAUUCGCGAGACUCGCAGCCCUACCAUCCGGAGCCCAGGAUUCCAGUCACCACCGUGUGCGCAGUCCCGCUCUCCGUCACCGCAGUCUAACAAGAAGCCUUUUACGCCCUUUUCACUCUCCAUUAUCCGCCGCGACCCUGGCACGGGGCACCAGUGGAACAUCGGCAAGGUCUCCUCCUUCCAGAGCACCAUCAUCGUCGCUCAGGACCCGGACAACCCAGACUCGCCCAAGAUCGCCCAGUAUCCCAAGGGCUACCCUGCCAUCAACGUGCACAUCGAGACCAGCGGGUACGCACGCUUCCGAAACUUCCCCAUCGCCCGGCCAAAGAUGAUGCCGGACCUGUCGAGGAUGAGCCUGGAUAGCGCACGGCCCGGGUCGAGCGGCAGUGCCGCCACGACGACGAGGACCAUGAAGGAGCUGGCGGCCAGCCUGCAGGCCCAGGUAGAGGCGCAAAAGGGCGGCCAGGAUGACACCGAGGAGGGGUUCAGGAGGCAGGUCGUCAUGACCUACGGCAAGACGUGGGCGUCCAAUCUCAAGGAGGCCUUCAGCGGCAAGAAGCGAGAGCGGUCCUCCACCAACACCAGCGCCACCGACUCUGCCUGUAACGAAGCGCUCGACCCUCCACCUCCACGGGCGGGUUUCCACAGGCGACAGGACAGUGGCAACUCGACCAACUCUAAUGACUCCAUGUUUGCCUCGCUGGUGCCGAACCCAGCCAACAACGACCCUAAUAAUCCUCAACAGCAGCAGCAAUCACAGCAACAACAGCAGAGCCAGCCUCAAGAUCACCAUCGCAACCAGCAUCAUCACCACCAUAGCCACAACCACAGCCACAGCCACAGCCACCACAAUCACAACCAUAACCACCACCAACACCAAUACCACGGCUCCGACGCAUCCGCCACCUCCGCAGCCGCCGGCACGACCACGCCAGGAAGACCAGACGAGCCCGUCAUAGCAACGCAGCCCAGCGCCGGGCUGCGGCCCAAGGGGUACACGUUCGCGUCACCGUGGGACGGGCGGUGCGACUUCCGCACCAGCAGCAACGGGCGGGCGCUGAAGUGCCACCACGUGCGCAACACGCAGUCGCAGGGAUUCAACCCGCUGGUGGCGGCGCAGGCGCUGCGAGACGCUAUGCAGGACGGCAGCAGCAGUGGUGGUGGAACAGCAGCAGCAGCAGCAGCAGGUGGUGCUGGUGCUGGUGGGAACGGGAGGACGCGGGCGAGGGGGAUGAGCGCCUCGCUGCCCAUGGGGGACAUGGGCAACCGAGUCCCCGUCAGCGAGCUGAGGUUUAACCUGCCCAGCUCGGACCUGUUCAACUCCAAGGAGGACAGGGACCGCGCCGUGGCCGAGAUGAAGGAGGGGCUGGGGCGGUUGCUGGUCCGGAGCCCGGGCGGCCACGAGCAUGGUCAUGGUGGCGGUGCAGAUGAUGAUGACGAGGACCCCAUCUUCGACUGGUCUGGGCUGGGGAGGGAGAAGGCCGGGGGUGGCAACCGGGGCAAGAGGGCCAAGCUGGGCAAGCUGCUUGUCCACGACGAGGGGCUCAAGAUGCUGGACCUGGUGGUUGCUGCUAAUAUGGGCAUCUGGUGGCAGGCUUGGGAGCGGAGUUUCUAGGGGGAGUAUUUGCAUUGUUCAUGUUGAUGUUUGUUCUGCUCUGGACCAAUACCCCCAUCUUUGCCAUUUCUUGUUUUCCCGCCUCUCUCCAUAAUUCCAACAUUGGUACCGAAUGAGUGGGGGUAGAAUGAGAUGGUCUAAUGUUCAAUGUUGGAAUCUGGGGGAUAAUGUGUUGGAAGAGCUGGUGAGCCAGCAGGCAUGAUAGAAUUAGCGAGCGCCAGCAAUGUGCAGCGAGUCUGUAUUUUAUUAAUUUGUCUUAUUAUUA